ACUAUACGGCCAAAAGUAUUGGCCCCGCCCUACAAAUCAUGUGAUUCGGUGUUCCAAUCCCCUCCAAAUCAUGUGAUUCCGGUGUUCCAAUCCCCUCCAAAUCAUGUGAUUCAGGUGUUCCAAUCCCCUCCAAAUCAUGUGAUUCAGGUGUUCCAAUCCCCUCCAUAUCAUGUGAUUCAGGUGUUCCAAUCCCCUCCAUAUCAUGUGAUUCAGGUGUUCCAAUCCCCUCCCAAUCAUGUGAUUCAGGUGUUCCAAUCCCCUCCAUAUCAUGCGAUUCAGGUGUUCCAAUCCCCUCCAUAUCAUGCGAUUCAGGUGUUCCAAUCCCCUCCAUAUCAUGUGAUUCAGGUGUUCCAAUCCCCUCCAUGGACACAGGUGUAUACAAUCCAU